CCCGUCGAACACCAACAAGAGCAGCAGGAAAAUCGAACAACUUUCUUUUUCCCCUGCAGUGUGUGGUGUGUGUGUGUGUGCAUUGCAAAAAGCACAAAUUGCGCAGAAUUUGCUUAAUUACGGCUAAUCGAAUCCAGCUUCAACGUGGAUUAAUUGGCCAGCGGCCCCGAAGCCCUGCCUGCCGCCCACGCGAAAAAAAGAGUUGCAAAAAAACACACACACCUACGCGCAGGCAAUUAAAACCGUGUGAUUGAUCCGAGUGCGAGUGUUUGUGUGUGUGUGAGUGAGUGUGGAGCAGUAAACAUUUUCUUUUUCGAGAAUCGCCGUGGAAAAUGAAGAAAAUCCUGUCCAAGUUCGAGCGCAAUGAGAACUCGCGACUGGAUAAUCCGCACAACAGCAGCAGCAGCUCGUCCUCCUCCAACGAGAAGAACAGCUUUGUGGGCAAGGUCUUUACAGUGGGACGCGUCACGGUCACCGUCGAGGAUGUCCUGGCCGAAGGUGGCUUCGCCAUGGUCUUCUUGGCCCGCGGCAAUGGCGGAGGCAGUGCCUCCGCCACCAAGUAUGCCCUGAAGCGCAUGUAUGUCAACAAUGAGCACGAUUUGAAUGUGGCGAAGCGCGAGAUACAGAUUGCGAGCAACCUGAGUGGGCACAAGAACAUCAUUGGCUAUGUGGACUCGAGCAUUACGCCCACUGGGAAUGGGGUGUGCGAGGUGCUGCUCCUGAUGCCCUACUGCAAGCAUCACAUGCUGGCCAUGAUGAAUGCAAGGCUACACGUUGGCUUCACGGAGCCCGAGGUGCUCACCAUCUUCUGUGAUAUUGCCGAGGCCGUCUCCCGUCUGCACUACUGCCAGACCCCGAUCCUGCAUCGUGACCUGAAGGUAGAGAAUAUCCUGCAGACGGACGCCGGGAACUUUGUGCUCUGUGACUUUGGCUCGGCCACGGCCAAAACGCUAAAUCCCCAGCAGCAUGGCGUCACUGUAGUGGAGGAGGAGAUCCAGAAGUAUACGACACUCUCGUAUCGAGCCCCCGAGAUGAUAGAUCUGUAUAAUGGGAAGAGUAUUACCACCAAGGCGGAUAUAUGGGCUCUAGGAUGCAUGCUCUACAAGCUCUGUUUCUUUUCCUUGCCCUUUGGGGAGAGCACGCUGGCCAUUCAGAACGGGCAGUUCUCCAUUCCGGACAGCUCCAAGUACUCGAAGGGUAUGCAUCAGCUGAUCAAGUACAUGCUGGACACGGAUAUGGAGCGAAGACCCAACAUCUGGCAGGUGUGCGAGGUGGCCUUUCGACUCUCCGGCAAGGAUAAUCCCGUGCAGAAUCUGCAUAAAACCCCCACACCCAACUUUGACCUGCUGCUGGUGCCCCCCUUCGAAUCCGAGGCCAAGCGGAUCAGUGCUGCCGCCUCCAAGGCAGCCAAGUCGCAGAAUGUCUCUGUGGUGGAGGCGGGCACCAGUGUGGCUCCACGUUCCCGGCCCAAGGGCUCCUCCGCGGUGCAUGGAGGCAAUGCCUUGGGUCUCGGUCUGCCGCCCAGUCCCUCGCCAAGGCUGAAUAUCACCUCGCCACAGCCGGUGGCGGUGGUAGAGCAAUUUCAAGCCAAUUUCCCAGCCAUGCCCGCAGCAGUUCCAGCGGCUGCACCUCCGCCACAGGGGGCCCCGGUAGGGCCACCAGUUCCUGCCAGCAAUUUGUUUGAACCCAGCGGCUAUCCGGAUCCGUUUAAUGAGCCAGCUGGCGGAACAGCAAUUCCAACAGCAGCCACAGUUCCAGAAGAGCCCAAAAAAGAGGAGACGGUGGUGGUGCCUCAGGAUUUGGCUGCUGCUGGUGAUGGCGGCACGCCCACAAAAAGCAUGUUGACGCCGCCAAAACCAAGCGGAGGCGGUGGACACAGACGCAAUGUGAGCGAUACCUCGGCCUUUAAUAAAACGUUUGCCAAUGAGACAAGUCAAUUUCUGGCCCCAUUUAACAAUAAUUUGGCUGCCAUGGGUGAUGGUCCUCAGACCCUGGCAAGUGCUGCCUCCAAUCCUGGCAUAUAUGCCGCUUCUUCGGCCAAUACGGCGCCAGUGUCCAUUAGCGAACUGAUGAAGCCGGGCCAUACGGCAGUGGAAAAGCGUGUGGAGGCCUGGAAUCCAUUCGAGGAGGAGCAACCCUUCAGCCAGAUGACCGAAGAUCAUAUAUUUGAGGCGGAAUUUGAUAAGAUCCGGCAAAGGGGAAGUCAAGGCAGCAUCACCACCAAGUCAGCAUCUACUACCUCAACGCUGACGCCCACAGAGCAGAAUGCCUCCGGGGUAGUAGUAGUGCCUGUUGCUGCCCCAGUGGCUCCUCCAGUUGCUACUCCCCUGGCUACUGCUGCUGCUCCUCCUCCUCCGAUCACAACCGCUGUGUCGCCGCAUCCACCAAUGGCCUCCGAGGAUCCCUUUGGAUCUGCACCCUUCAGUUUGCCACCCGGACUGCGCGAGAAGGCCAGCUCGCUGCGGAAAACCGGAGCGAAAUUCAUCGGCGCUUCCACCGGCGCAGCUGGUGCCCUGGUGACCGGAGGAGGCGGAGUGGUGGGAGCCGGGGCCAAUACCGCCUCCAACUCCAACUCAUCCAAGUGGCUGCUGUCGCCCACUUUGGAGGUGUCCAGCGAGGAGAAGACCUCGCUCAUAAGCAAACUGAAAACGGAUUCGGAGAAUGGUGGAGGAGGAGUGGGAGCCGGAGCAGGUGAGGGCUAUGUGAAGCUGCCACUGGAGGAUCGCAAUAAAUACGAGAAGCUGCGCAGCAAGGAUCAGCCCACCUCGGAUGACUCGGACUCCGACGAGGGCUCCGGCGAGUUCUUUCAGCAGGACAGCGACGAGGGCUCCUCCAGCUUCAUCAAGCAAAUGCAGAUGGUGACGAGCACUCUGCCGGAGACCAUACACAAGAUCCAGCAGGUGGCCUACCACAAGGUGGACAAGACCUCCUCCCACCUGCCGAUUGUGAAGAAGCUGCGCCAGACGACGACCAAGAAGCCCACCAGUGCUGCCCACCAGGCGGCCCAGCAGCUGAAUCUCAUGGCCGCCGCUGUGGCUGCCCAGGCGGAGGAAGCGGCCAAGGCAGCCGAGUCGGAUGGGGAUUCCAUAGGCUCGGCAAGUGAUCUCCGUGCCGAGGACGAUGACCUGUUCGAUGAGAAUCCACGCAGUCAGACUCUGGCCAAGCUACGACGCCCCUUGCCCGCGGAAAUGGACGGGAUCAGUGAGUCGGUGAAGACGUGCAGCAGUUCGGCCUAUCAUGCCGAGUGCGAGAGUGUGACCACGCACGAGGACGAUGUCAGGAGUCGGGUGGUGGUCAAGGUGCGCAUGAAGAAGAAGGAUAGAACCAAUCUACUCCUGGUAACAACCGGCAAUGGGGAUCAUCCCAGUGCUCCAUCCGAGGAACUGAGUCCCACUUCUAGUGAUUUGCACAAGUUUGGGGAUCGUCCUUUGCUUUUGGAUGACGAACUGGACUACGGAGAUUCGGGGGAGAGCAAGACCAGCACAGAGUCACCCAUGGCUCCACCGCCGCCAGUUCCGGAAUCCGAGGAGGAUGUGUUUGCCCUGGCCCCCUUCAAGUUGCCCGUGGGCAUGCCUCUCAAGAGAAAGAGUAAGCCCAAGGCCAAGGAGAAGGAGAAGCGUCAAGCAGAGCCUGAAAUGUGGACUUCUACGCCGGUUAAAGGAGGAGAAGGAACCUCUUCUGCAGCCUCGAACUUUGCCAGCUUUCCAGCCAAUGGAGGCUUAGGGGAAUCCCCGCAGCUGGAUGAGUUCAAUGAGCCCAUCUUCAAUCCAAAUCCCUUCCAGGAUAACCUGGAGAAGGAGGAGUUCCAGGAGAAUCCUUCAACGCAAUGCGAUCUCUUUGGCUCGGAGCCCUUUCCCCAGGUAAUACGCACCAUUGAACAGAAUCCCCUGAACCACCACCAGCAGCUCCAACACUUUCCCAGUCACAACAACAACAACAAUAAUAAUAAUGUGAUCAAAAAGCCUGCCUCUGCCUCCGUCUCUGUCCCUGUGCCCGUGUCUGUGUCUCUGCCCGUCUCAGUUUCCGUGGCUGCUCCUCCCCAACUGGUGACCAUAAAUCACUCGAUUAUAAUCAACAAAACGCCGGAGCCCUUGAUGAGCUAUAAAAAUAAUAACAACAAUAAUAAUAUUAUUAACCCAGCGGCCACCAAGUCCACCAGCAGUGUCUAUGUGAAUGUGCCCUCUUACACCAGCACCAGCAGCAGCUCUAGCGCCACCGCUCCUGCUCCACCACAAUCCUCACCAGCUGCUGCAAUACCUGUAACCCUGCCCGCUCCUGCUCCACCUCCAUCGGGAGGAGCCCUUCACCUCCGACCCUUGCUGCCCAUUGCCGAUAAUGCCUAUGUGCAAAUCUCUCAAGAUCGCCUCUCCGACUUCACGCCCGACGAUGAGGAGGAGCCCGUGGUGGUGCGUGGUGCCGAUGUGCUGGCAGACGAUGGAUUACCUGCCCCUGGCAAGGCCAAGAAGGAGAAGUCCCACCAUCUGGCUGUGAGGGUGCUUCCGGGGAAACUAACCCAGAAGGUCAAGGGUCACGCCUCGUACAAGAAAGUUAGUGCCGCCGCCUUGGGUUCCACUUCGUCGCUGAGCUCUGGCAGCAAGCAGAAGCACCAGCGUUUGCAGUAUCAGUCCCACGACGACGACGACGAUGAUGAUGAUAUGCAGAAUCAGGAUGAGAACAGAAAGGCAGGUGGAAGUCGCAAUUUCCAAUCAAAUACCAUACAGAAUUCCGCCAAGACCGGCUUUAGUAAUAUGAGUUUCGAGGACUUUACCUCCGACCAGGAGAUGGAUCGUCUCUCCCGGACGAUACCCUUUGAGGUGGUGAGGAACGAGAAGAUGCUGCUAGAGGCAGAGAAGAAAUUUGGAUCCUUGAAGAGGAGAAAUAAUCUGUUUUCGUAAGUGGAAAAAAGAGGGGGAAAGAAGGGAGGAAAACUAUCAAGGAGAUACCUGAGACUGAGUGUUUCAAGACUAUUUUUUGGCAUUUCGUUUAAGCUUUUCUCCUACGUUCCGUUUUUCGUAUUGAAAUCUCUUUAAAGAGCUAUCCAAAAGUAUACAAAAAAUGUAGAUAAUGGGACCUAAAACACUUUUAAAUAAUUUCCCAAAUCCUAAAGUUUUCAGUGUGUAUUUUGGAUUGUAGUAUUUAUGAAUGAAGAAUGGGUAAUAAUAUUAUUAAUUGUAUACACACACUUAUUAUACAUUCAACAAAGAACAAUAUACAUAUACAUAUUAUAUAUACCUAUAUAUAUAUAUAUUAUAUAACUGUUAUUUAGUGCAACAAAUAAUGUAAACUAGAUUUUUAGAAAGGCGCGCGCGAAAAACAUGUUCUAGAAUUUAUACAAUGCGUAAGUUUACCAAAGUUACAUUUACAUUUAUUGUUUUGUGUGGCAUUUUUCAGCCUUUUGAAUUAUUCCCUCGAUUUAUUUAUUUAUACAUAAACAAUUAUACAACAAAAACUAUGUGAUUAUACACCCAAUAACAAGCAAGCAAACCCCAAAAAAAAAAAAUACAUAAGCAACAAAUUAAUUAUCACUUAAACUGCAUUCUAACUAACGAGAAAAAAGGUAUUUAAGCAUUAAUUAUUAUCUAUCCAUAUCGAUUAACAUACUCUCGUCUAUGUUAGUUACACCAUUUGUUUUUGCAUAUAUCUAUAUGUGUAUGUAUUAUCUCGACUAUAUAAAAUAUGCGCAUAUUGUA